GCCUUCGGACGGCGCCGCGGCAGCCCCAAGGGAGGAAGGGGCGGAGCAUCACGGGCUCGUUACCGAGGCGACCAGGAGGACGCUGCUGACCCGGUAACUGCCUGGCUUCCGGCCGGGGUGAGCAGGGACCCCGCCCCCCCCAGGUUCCAGUCCUCCCCCUUAGUCAUUCUGUACCAUGAUGACUGAUGAGCUGGAGGAGGGAGAUUUGCAGAAAUUCCUGAGAGAUGUGGAUGAAAUUACCAACUUGGUUCAAGGCUUGAACUCCUCAGACCCCGCUGUCCAGGAAAAAGCCAUCUCUGAUACAGAGAAAAGACUUCAUCUCCAGGAGGUCAGAGAUGAUGGAGAAUGCAAGACCAAGUUGAACAGAACAGUUGUUAACUCACAAGAUGUGACCACGCAGAAUAUGGAGACAGUGAGACGAGACAGCUUCAUGUCAGCAUUAGAGAAAGAUGCAAAAGAACGAGCCAAAAGAAGGAAGAAAAAUGAACGUUUGGCGAAUGCCCUGAAAGAGAAGGGAAAUGAUGCAUUCAGUAAAGGAGACUAUGCCACAGCUAUCCAGCGAUACACCGAAGGGCUGGAGAAACAGAAGGAUAUGCAGGUGCUGUACACGAACAGAGCACAGGCUCACAUGAAGUUGCAGGAGUACAAGAAAGUAAUCAGUGAUUGUGAAUGGGCUUUAAAGUGCAACGAAAAAUGUAUUAAAGCCUAUUUCCAUAUGGGAAAAGCUCAUCUGGCCCUGAAGGACUACAAUGAGUCCAGGAAGUCCUAUCAGAAGAUCUUAGAAAUUGAUCCGCAGAAGGAAAGUCUAUUUAAAGACUGCAUGAAUGAAGUAGACUUACAGGAAAAAAAAGCAAAAGAGGAAGAGAGAGCUCUAGAGGAAUUUCAGUCUGGAAAGUAUACUGCUGUGUCUGUGAAAAAGCUGCUCCAGAAACUCAAUAGACCUGACCAGAAUAUCCUUUAUUAUGCAGGCGGGAUUAGAGUUUUGACUGAAUCAAUAAAAGAUUGCACUGAACAAACUUUAUUUAGAACAAACAAUGGAUUCAGUAUCAUCAGUGACCAUAAGGUCAUAAGACGGGGCCUCUCUGGAGCAAAGAAAAACACCGCUGAAGCGGAAUUGUCAAUUUCUCUUCUCAUCCUCUGGCAAGCAGUCUGUGCUGGGAAUGAGGAGAAUCAGCGAUUGUUGUUAACUCACCCUGAUGUGAAUGUGCAGCUCCCCGUGCUGCUAUCCUCUGAUGUGCCUGAUAUUCAGAAGCAGAGCUUGGCAUUGCUGUAUCUGUACUCUCAGACCGAGAAUGGAAGAAGUCUGCUGGUCAGGCACCAGAACCUAACCAAGUGGCUGCAGAUGCUGAUUGCAUUCGUCAGCGUUAUGGAUGACAGAGCUAGCUUUGCCAUGAGCCUGCUAUCUAACCUAAUCAAGGAGGAAAAGUUCAAAAUCCAGUGUCGUAUCAAACUUUCCACAAGUGUUUUGCCUCUGUUUGCACAGUUGUUGAAAACCGUCAACCAGGUGAACCAGCCAGCCCUCGCCCAGUGCAUUGGCACCAUGGGGGAGUUGUGUGCUGAUGCAGUCAUCCGACUGCAGAUGGCUGAAAACCAGGAAUGCUGGCAGGCCUGUUUAAAGCUUGUGGAUGAGUGUUGCUUCACUGGCAACUCAGCAGGAUACCAAGAGUGUUUGUUUGCAGUGCUGGGCCUGAUGAUGAACUUAUCCCUGGAAUCAAAUUUGGUCAUUCAGGAGCAUGCUGUGGAUGUUAUCAGGAGAUGUUUGUCUCUGCUUGGCAGUAAAGAUGGAAGGAUUGUAACGAGAGCCAUUGGGGUUCUAAGUCACAUCUUGCCAGUGAGCUCAAUGGCAGUAGAAGAAGCAGUGACAGGAGGUGUGGUGAAGAGAAUGCUUAGAUUCUUGAAGGCUGGUGGACAGACCACAUCCUGUUAUGCUAUAAAGACCCUUGCUGUCUGUACUCAAAGCAACAGCCAGGCUCGAGAGGACGUGGUGAAGUCAGAUAAAAAGUUUAAUGUGUUGCUGAAGCUCUUGGCCUCCGAGAACGAGAUGGUGGUGGGGAACGCUGCUUUUUGCCUCAGCAAAUGCUUUGAAGUACCUGGAGCUGCUUCAUCCCUGCUGAAUUCCAACAUUGUGAUGAUCUUAUUAAAACAUUCAGGUGGUGAAGCCAAGAAAACCUCUGUGCAAGAGAACGCGGCAGUUGCUUUAGGAAAGCUCUGCACUGCUGAGCCAAGGCAUAUUCUUCAACUGCGGGAGCUCAAUGGAAUGGCAAUCCUUAACUCUUCUAUGAAAUACGUGCAAGGUCUUUGAAUUCCCUAAAUGUUUUUGAAUAUAGGUUGUUAAUACUGUAGUAUUCUGUUUGCUGUUGCUCAUUCUUCUCUAAUAAAAAUUGUUCAAAGAGACUA